GUUUUCCAGGAGGCUUACUGAUUCUGACCUUCUGCUGUCACUGCUUUUAAUGCCGCACUCCCUGAGUAAAGUUGGGGUCUAGUUGUUCUUGCAACUCUUAUCACUGCAGGACUGAAGUACCCACUUUAACCUAGAGUAAUGCUAAUCAGAUCUUCUGCAAAUAAUAAAUGGCCUCUUUAAAGAGUGAGAAAAGAAAGACGAGUUUGUUGCAACACUGGCCUUUGGCGUCUCCCAUCUCCCCCAGCAUGCUGGAGGAGACCAAGAUUUAUCAGCCCACCUGCAGGAUUCUGCCACUCUCAUGGAUUGUCCUGAAGCCCGGAAAGGACAGCUACUCGGCAGUGUGCCUGGCCCCUUACCACCGUUUGCGGGAAGUUUUGCAGUUGAAGCUCCAGCAGCGCCGGACGCGGGAAGAACUGGUGAGCCAAGGGAUCAUGCCGCCUUUGAAAAGUCCAGCUGCAUUUCACGAGCAGAGAAGGAGCUUGGAGCGGGCCAGGACAGAGGACUAUCUGAAACGGAAGAUUCGUUCCCGGCCGGAGAGAUCGGAGCUGGUCAGGAUGCACAUUUUGGAAGAGACCUCGGCCGAGCCUUCCCUGCAGGCCAAGCAGCUGAAGCUGAAGAGAGCCAGGCUGGCUGAUGACCUCAACGAGAAGAUUGCACAGAGGCCUGGCCCCAUGGAGCUGGUGGAGAAGAACAUCCUGCCUGUGGAGUCCAGCCUGAAGGAGGCCAUCAUCGUGGGCCAGGUAAACUACCCGAAGGUAGCAGACAGCUCUUCCUUUGACGAGGACAGCAGUGAUGCCUUAUCUCCUGAGCAGCCUGCCAGCCAUGAGUCCCAGGGCUCGGUGCCAUCACCUCUGGAAGCCCGAGUCAGCGAGCCACUGCCCAGUGCCACCUCUGUGUCCCCCACUCAGGUUGUGUCUCAACUCCCAGUGGGCCCGGAGUCCGGAGAAACACUUUUCCUGGCGGAGCAGCCUCCUCUGCCUCCCAGCCUCACCAACGGAACCGCGGUCCCCGCUGCCAAGCCCCUCCCCACACUCAUUAAGCAAAGCCAACCUAAGGCUGCCGGUGAGAAGUCUCAGCGCAGCAAGAAAGCCAAGGAGCUGAAGCCAAAGGUGAAGAAGCUCAAGUAUCACCAGUACAUCCCCCCGGACCAAAAGCAGGACAAGGGGGCGCCCCCCAUGGAUUCCUCCUAUGCCAGGAUCCUGCAGCAGCAGCAGCUCUUCCUGCAGCUCCAGAUCCUCAACCAGCAGCAGCAGCAGCACUACAACUACCAGACCAUCCUGCCUGCCCCACCCAAGCCAGCGGGCGAGGCUCUGGGAAGCAGUGGGGCCCCUCCAAUGCGCAGCCUUUCCGCCAGCAGCAGCAGCUCUGGCUCAGGCGGCCCUGGGCCCGGAGGGCUGGCACGUCAGAACAGUGCCUCACUAACUGGCAAGCCGGGGGCCCUGCCCGCCAACCUGGACGAUAUGAAGGUGGCAGAGCUGAAGCAGGAGCUGAAGUUGCGGUCACUGCCCGUCUCCGGCACCAAGACGGACCUGAUCGAGCGCCUGCGCGCCUACCAAGAACAAGUCAGCCCUGCCCCCGGAGCGCCCAAGGCCCCCACCGCCGCCUCCAUCCUGCCCAAGGCUGGCGAGGUGGUGGUUGCCUUUCCGGCAGCCCGGCUAAGCACGGGGCCCGCCCUGGUGGCAGCGGGCCUGGCCCCAGCUGAGGUGGUGGUGGCCACAGUGACUAGCAACGGAGUGGUGAAGUUUGGCAGCACGGGCUCCACACCCCCCGUGUCUCCCACCCCUUCGGAGCGUUCUCUGCUCAGCACUGGUGAUGAGAAUUCCACGCCCGGGGAUACCUUUGGCGAGAUGGUGACGUCGCCACUGACCCAGCUCACCCUGCAGGCCUCACCACUGCAGAUCCUUGUGAAGGAGGAGGGCCCCCGGGCCGGGUCCUGCUGUCUGAGCCCUGGGGUACGGGCAGAGCUGGAGGGGCGUGACAAGGACCAGAUGCUGCAGGAAAAGGACAAGCAGAUUGAGGAGUUGACCCGCAUGCUCCGGCAGAAGCAGCAGCUGGUGGAGUGGCUUAGGCUGCAGCUGGAGCAGGAGAAGCGGGCCCAGCAGCCCACACCAGCCUCGGCCCCAGACCCAGACCCAGACCCGGCCCCGGCCCCGGCCCCAGCCCCUCUCACCCCUGCUGCCCAGCACGUAGACACCAGUGCCCUGGUGCCCUCGGCGGUGGUGGUGAAGCAGGAAGCCGUGCCGCCCGAACCUGAACCAGCCCCAGCCCCCCAGGUGCUUCAGAGCCCACAGGGCCCCAGCUUCAUCAAGGGGGUCACACCUCCCACCCUCGUCACUGACUCCACAGGGACCCACCUUGUCCUCACCGUGACCAAUAAGAAUGCAGACAGCCCUGGCCUGGCUGGCGGGAGCCCCCAGCAGCCCUUGUCCCAGCCUGGUUCUCCAGCUCCUGGCCCACCAGCCCAGAUGGACCUGGAGCACCCGACACAGCCCAUUUUUGGGACCCCCACUUCUCUGCCGAAGAAGGAGCCACCUGGCUAUGAGGAAGCUGUGAGCCAGCAGCCCAGACAGCAGGAAAAUGGUUCCUCAAGCCAGCAGAUGGAUGACCUGUUUGACAUUCUUAUUCAGAGCGGAGAGAUUUCAGCAGAUUUCAAGGAGCCAGGGAAAGAGAAGGCCCCCUCGACAGCUGCCUGCGGGUCACCCCUGGCCACACAGCCCUCACCCUCCACUGAGCUCCCUCAGGCCGCCCCGCCUCCCUCGGGCUCGCCGGCCCUCCCUGGGCGCCUGGAGGACUUCCUGGAGAGCAGCACGGGGCUGCCGCUGUUGACCGGUGGGCACGAGGGGCCAGAGCCCCUCUCCCUCAUUGAUGACCUUCACAGCCAGAUGCUGAGCAGCUCUGCCAUCCUGGACCACCCCCCUUCCCCCAUGGACACCUCGGAAUUGCACUUUGCGCCUGAGCCCAGUGGCGUGGGCCUGGACCUAGCUGACGGCCACCUGGACAGUAUGGACUGGCUGGAGCUGUCUUCCGGGGGGCCCGUGCUCAGCCUGGCCCCGCUCAGCACCACGUCCCCCAGCCUCUUCUCCACGGACUUCCUCGAUGGCCACGACUUGCAGCUACACUGGGAUUCCUGCUUGUAGCUCUGGGGCUGCAGAGUGGGGCGGCUGGGGGGGCGGGGAAGUUGGAGAACUCGGGAACUCGGCGCGCUCCUGCCUGGUCAGCCUCUCCACGCGGGCGUGAGUCUGACAAUCAAGAGGCCCCACUUCCCUCAGGGGGAGGCUGGGGCCAGGCGUCCCUUUGCCUGACUCAGGCUCACGGAGGAGAAAAGCUGCCAAGAAGCAGCUCUGGGUCCCACCCUGGGGUUCUGGGGGCCUGGACAGGCCAGGGGCUUCUAUUUGACCUCCUUUUGUGAGGUCGGGUGCACUUGCUGGCUGCAGUUUGCUCAGGCAGGCAGGGCCCAGGGCUGAGGCGGGGCCAGGGGCGAAUAUCCUUACUUCUGCCUUUCCCAAGAGGGAAGGGACUGGCGGGGCCGCUACCUCACCGUCCCCGUGACGCCGACACCACUGUCCAGGCCUCCUGGGAGGGGGCUCCCUGCCAUUCUAGUGUCUUGGUGUAGUGUAACCAUGUAGUGGUUGGUGGCAGAGUUUCUGUACAGGUGUAUAUACCUCUAUUAUAUAUCGCCAUACUUAUCACACAUACACGGGGGGGAGGUGCAGCUCCUCCCCACACUGUGCACACAUGGAAGGGCCUGGAGCCACCGCUCCUGGGGCAGGACACAGCUUACCCUGGCCCACCCAUCACUGUGUUUGACGUGUAGACACCCCGCCACAGCCGGUGCCCCACCUCUCCUGCUUCCUGCUCCUUAUCAGUGCCACGAGGGCAGAGGUGCUGCCUGGCCACCUGCCCACAUUCCGUCCCGUUGCCUCACUGCAGUCACUAUGGCCCUGGCACAGCGGUGGCCUCCAAACUUGGCCUCUUCCUGCCUGGCCUCCGUUCUGGCCUGUCACUGUUAUUCAUAGGGGAUUAAGGAUGGAGUCACCAAAACCAGUGCUGGGACAGAGGUGGGGAAGCUGUGUGACUUUUUAAAAUAAAAGCAAAACCACCA